CUGAGGCCAGCCCCCAAUUACCAGGCAGUGCAGAGGCUUCUGGGAAAUAGGAACACAACAUCUGCACCUUCUACACCUUUCGAUACAAUUCCCAAGAUUUGACCUGCUUGGCCCAUUAGCCGCCAAAGCCCCUGGAGCCUCCUGCUCACAACGCUAAGUGAAUGGAUUUUGGCGGGAAGAGACCAGCACCUUUCUGUGCCACCUUGGAGCUAGUUAAUGGACAUCCCAAAGUGAUGAGCCCCUCUGCAUGUCCUGCUGCUCCGGACCCGGCCAGGUGAGAGUCUCUCCCUUGAGAGCAGGGCCUUGGCCUUUGUAACUCCUCUGGGGCUUCAUUCCUUGCAAAUCCCUGUAGGCCAGCCUCCUGCACCUGAAGAGAAGAGAAAGACCUCUCCCCCUCUGGGAUCCUUCUCCCUCCCCUGCUCAGAGGGGACCAAGGCCUGGCCCAAGCACGGAGCCUGGUGCCUGAGGGAAUGGCCCCUGGGAGCCACAGCCCCCCACCCCAGGAGUUGGUGACAUUCAAGGAUGUGGCUGUGGACUUCACCCAGGAAGAGUGGGGCCUUAUGGACCAUCCUCAGAAGGAGUUGUACAAGGAGGUCAUGCUGGAGAAUGCCUGGAACCUUCUCUCUCUGGGACUUCCAGUUCCCAGAGAAGAUGUGAUCUCUAAUUUUGAGCGAAGGGAAGCAGCAUGGAUGUUGGAGCAAGAAGGCCUGAGGAACUGCUGUCCAGAAAGAGAGAUCAGACUUGAAAUGAAAGAGACUACUGCAGAGCUAAGCCUUUCUGUAGAAGAAACUCAAAAGCAAAGAUUCCUAAGUGAGGAUCCCUCUGACUUCACUGGGAAACAAAUUUGUGCUGUACUUCACAGAAUCCACACAGGAGAGAAACCUUAUGAAUGUCAUCAUCAUGGUAAAACUUUCAGUCAAGAGUUAUCUCUUAUUUACCAUCAAAAAAUUAAAACUGGAGGGAAACCACACAGGUGUCGUAAGUGUGACAAAGCUUUUAGGGAGUACUCAUUGCUUAUUAAACAUCAGAUGAUUCACACUGGAGAGAAACCUUAUGAAUGUAAUCAGUGUGGAAAAACUUUCAGUUCUAGGAUGUAUAUUGCUCUACAUCAAAGAAUCCACACUGGAGAGAAACCUUAUGAAUGUAAUCAAUGUGGAAAGGCUUUUACACAGAAGACCUAUCUUAUUAGACAUCAGAGAAUCCACACUGGAGAGAAACCUUAUGAAUGUAAUCAAUGUAGAAAAGCUUUUCCAUGGAGGUCCAAUCUUAUUGUACAUCAGAGGGAAACUUAUGAAUGUAAUCAAUGUGGAAAGUCUUUCAAAUGUAGAAAGAGUUUUGCUGAACAUCAGAGCAUCCACACUGGAGAGAAGCCUUAUGAAUGUAAACAAUGUGGAAAGGCUUUUCCAUGGAGGUCCAGUCUUAUUGUACAUCAGAGGAAAACAUAUGAAUGUAAUCAAUGUGGAAAAACUUUCAAAUGUAGAAAGAGCAUUGCUGAACAUCAAAGCAUCCACACUGGAAAGAAACCUUAUGAAUGUAAUCGGUGUGGAAAGGUUUUUACCCAAAAGACCAGUCUUACUGUACAUCAGAGAAUCCACACUGGAGAGAAACCUUAUGAAUGUAAUCAAUGUGGAAGAACAUUCAUUUCUAAGAAGUAUAUUGCUCAACAUCAGAGAACCCACACUGGAGAGAAACCUUAUGAAUGCAAUCAGUGUGGAAAAAGUUUCAGUUCAAGGACGUAUAUUGCUCUACAUCAAAGAAUCCAUACUGGAGAAAAACCGUAUGAAUGUAAGCAAUGUGGCAAGGCUUUUCCACAGAAGACCAGUCUGACUGUUCAUCAGAGAAUCCACAGUGGAGAGAAACCUCAUGAAUGUAAUCAGUGUGGAAAGGCUUUUCCACAGAAGACCAGUCUUACCAUACAUCAGAGACACCAGCACUCCUUAUGAAUGUAAUCAAUGUAAAAAAAAUGAAAAACUCUAUGACAAGAAACUUGGUGUACAUCAGAGAAUCCAAACUGGAGAGAUACCUUAUGAAUGUAAUUAAUGCAGAAAAACUUUCAGUUCUACGAAGUAUAUUGCUAAAUGUCAGAAAAUACACACUGGAGAGAAAACUUAUGAAUAUAAGCAAUAUGGUAAAGCCUUCAGGUGAAAGUCAGUCCAUAUUUCCCAUCAGAAAAUUCACAGGAGAUAGGAAUCUUAUCACUGACAUGAAUGAGGAGAGGCAUUGAAAUGGAUUACAGAGCUUCUUAGACAGCAGAAAAUUCACUCUGGGUAUAAGCCAUCUAUGGACUCAAUGUGCGAAGACUUUCAGCCAGAGAUCAUCUCUUACUUUUUAUCAGAGGAUUCAUACUGGAAAGAAACCUUAUGGAUAUGCUCCAUGGUGACAUAUCUUUGUCUGGAAGAUGGAGGUCACUGGUGAAGGGUUAUGUGUUAUAUAUGAUUGUAACAGAAUGGUGAAAUGAGGAAAAUAAUUUGUUCUGACCCAUCAGGUUGAAAAACAGCAAAAGAAGGCAAUACAGUUGUUCAUAAACUGCAAGAUUGCAGGAAAGGAGACAUCUGGAUGACCUCAAAAACAGAAUGUCUUCAGAAUAAAGAACAAGGCUUUUAUCAACA